UUGAAAAGAAACGACCAACGCAUUUCACAUACCUGUCUCUGUCAAACGCUGGAAAAUCAGAAAAUCUUGAAUGCCGUUAUGCGGUGAGUAGCUGAGUAGAUUAUUUAUAGCUGUACACUAAAAGAGAAUGUGGAAGUAGCUGGCUUAAUCAUCCGUUUCCUUUUCUGCGUCCAAACUGUCGUAGUUCCGUGGUAAAUGCACAAGUAGCAAAGAACUAAUGAAACCUGCACCAAAUGAAAACACUUUUCACUCACAGCUUGUUGUCAGAUCAGAGAAUUCUAAUCUUUCUGACUGAAAACACUGGUGUUUAUAUAAAGUUCUAUUUAGUAUAAUUGUUUCGUUUCUCGGAAUAUUCAUUUGAAAACCCUGCAAGCGCGACGAUGCUAACUCUCAAAUGACAUUACCGGCCACCGUAGUCAACAUGGUCAAAGUGCGGAAGGGAUACAGAUUUAAAUUAAAUCCGGAUAAUUUCUCGUCUGAACAGUUUUGUGUUUUUAAAAUUCUGGCACUACAUUGAGUCUGAAUAUAUAUAUUAGCCUAAUACCUCGGUCUGUUGACAGUGUAUUGAACAUGGUAUGAAUUACAUAUAUAAUUCAGAUAUUCAUACAACAGCCUUCUGAGUGAUUCGCAUUUAUAAUUUUGGUUCCAUGUUUUAGAUGGCGUCUCCCUUUCGGCUCUAUUUUCUGUCUGGCGUUCUCAUUAUUACUGCAUGGUUGUCACUUCGCAAGUUGUUCUACCUUGGACAUUUGUUCGGCUGAGAGUUGUUGGGCUUCAGAUCAGCUCUGUCAAUUUAUUUGGGUCAACCGAGCCCAUAUGACAGAAAAAAUUCGCGACCGAUUAAAGUACCGACCACACAAGCACUUUCUCCGUUUUAAGAGUCCUGUUUAUUAUCUCAACACAGAGGGGAAAUGGAAACAGGCGAGGGACGAGUUUGAAACAUGGGUAUCGGUGGCUGAUACACAUGAAUACAUGCUUCAUUUCCCUCACAAUUUCAACGUCUUAUCGCUAGGAACUAUGGGAAUCAUCACGGACGAUUUCCGGGGGCCUGGUGGGAAGUGGAACAUUUCAGGGUACUGCAACGAUCCCUGUGCCAAACUUAUGAAACCCCGAUGCUCUUUAUCUUGGAGAGACAUUCAGGAGUUUGUGGCUAAUGUCACGGUGAACGACAAGCAGGACUGGAACUACAUCUGUUUUCAGCUCGAUUAUGAUGUUAAUGAUGUGAUACGAAAUCCUAACACCGCAAUACCGGAUAUAUUCUACUACUGGCGAUUUUUAAGGCAACUGUUUUCGAAAAGACCUUAUCUUGGAAAAGCGAUUUCAAAAAACGACUUUGUUCAUUACAAAUGCUUCGACAAGGAGGGCCAAUUGCAUAAGAAAGAACUUUUAAUGAAAUACGUCGUGAUUUUGAUCAUUGCGAUCAUUCUCUGGCUUUAUUCGCCGCUCCUCAUUCACUUCUUUCCAAGUUCGCAACCACCCCCGAUUAACUGCCCCGUGGGACGUCUCGACCGCAAGGCCUUCUGUCCCACCUAUAGAAGCCCGGUUUACCUCGGACGUUUUCUACGGUACAUAUUGUGCUUUUACAUGGAGGAGAAAAAAGGUAUCAAGUCGCGAAUUCGUCGCUUUCUCUUCGUCUCGUUUUCCUUCUUGAUAUCAUUUCGAAUGUGGUAUACAUCCUAUCAGAAUUACUUCGUAAUAUUUUCUCUGACCUUUCUAGUUGCAGCAUUAGUCCCAGAAUUUUUUAGUGUCUAUCUCAAAAGUGAUCUCCCCACACAUUUUCUAGGGCUGUGGAAAUAUCCUGAAGGAGUAUUUCGAGAAAGUGCACAGAAAAAAGAAUACCAAUUCCUCGCCCAUUGCAUGUUAGAGCGAAUUUACCUCAUAUCAGAUCGCCGGUUUUGGGGAAUGUUGAUUGAAGAAAGUUUCAAGGCACCUCCAGCCUUCUUCGCGAAAAAUUGGGCAGAACUUUACAAGGAUCAUCCAUUAAUUGAGAUCGGUAUAUCUGUGUUUUUUUGUGUUGCUUCCUUCGCAUUCCUUAUAACAGCUACUCUUCUUUACUACCUUACACCGGCGUUUUAUUUUUACAAAGUACUAUUUCUGGCAAUUUAUACAGAAACGAUAGACAAUAUGAAAAAGGCGUGGCACAAACAGUGGGAUUGGCGCCGAUACAACGUCUUUCUUAGCGCUAUAUGCUUCGUUCAUGGUGUUAUUUUAGCUGCGUUUCUCGUCUAUUUGAUUGUAGCUGUGAUGUUCUGUUGUUACCUGCUGGCUGAAGUUACAAUGUUCACUUAUAUUGGGGCAGUACUGGUUCCAACUAUGGCUUUCAGAUACGUUCUCCUUGUUGGUUCUGUUUCCAUUGUCCUGUAUAAUAUUGCCAAAGAUUUGCGCGAAUAUUAUGACAGAGUUCGUGACGAAAUCGUUAAAAUACUUGAAAAUUCGGACCAUCUGACUCGACUCAAUAGCGACCGUACUGCAACAAAUUCACAAGCUUUUGAAAGGAAGGUUCACACUAAUGGUGCAUUACUGACAAUAGAAUUGAAGAAUGACCCACAACCUCCAAAACUUAUCCUUUACCGUGAUCAUUUCGCCACUUACUUGUCAAGAACCUUGCUCGAUUUUUGUAUCGAGGCGUACGCCCCUCUGAGAAGACAAAUGAUGUUCAUCACUGUGGAAGUGUUUCUGAUGACAUUUUACGUUUUGACUGCUAUGUGGAUCAAAAAUGUUUUUCACAAGGAGAAGGACAUUAACGUCAUUUUUACCAUAGCGAAAACCAUAGGGGUGUAUUUCGUUCCAAAUCUCCUUCAGUUCCUAGCCCACAGGAGUCACUUUGGAAAGAAAGACAAUGUGCUUCUUUCCCAGUGUGUUCACAAUGCAAUUAUUGGUUUUCAUGUGGCGUGA